AGCGCACCACGAGCCGGCAUUCGCGAUACGUCGGGCUUCCGGUUCGCUCCGGAGCUACCGUGACCUCUUCCGGGUCGUCUGAAGAAGUUAAUAUUUUUAGGGGCUGUGAAGAAGUACAGGGUCUGGGAUGGAGGCUGUGAACGGCGUGUCCGAGCUUGAUAAGGGCGGUCCGCCUGCUCCUAGUCCUUUAACGGGUUGCUACCUACUCAUCGUCGUCGGGGAACCGCACUCCAAAGACCACAAAGAUAUCAUCUUGAGGAGAAUCGCAAAAGGUUUACUGUCAUGGGAUUCCAGCAGCUGCCACGUGGACCUAGAAAAGGAACUAGCAAUUAUAAGUGAACAAGCACCUGAAGGUGAAGAUGCUAGAUAUGGGGAGCGUCUAAUACAAUUUGCGUCCGAAAACUUAGUUACCGAAGUUUUAAUUCAUCCGGCAAUUAGUACAUUGUCCCAAUGCAUGAAAAAUUUAUUAAGCAGUUUUACGCGACAUCGACACAUCAUUCACGCGGGUUACACUUUCGCAGGAAAUGGAUCGUGGAUUUUACAAGACGGAACGUUGUCGCUAACGGAUUUCUCGGAAGCUUUUCAGGAGAUAGAGGUGCAACGUGUCCUCCGUGCGUAUGACAAUACUAUAUCCUUGGACGUUCAUUGUUCGCCAGAGGGAGAUUGGGGUCGUUUACCGAAAGAGUCCUUUACGAAAAAUUGCAAAGUUAGAGUAAAUCCCGAUGACGUGCUUACGUCAGGUAGUCCAGCAAUCGUAAACUUUCUAAAUUAUAUUUCUCCGUUUCUCAUCCCGACGGAUAUCGAAAUGCUGCUGGAAAGUUCAGACGUUGUUGGAAAUAUACGAUUUUCCCAUCCUACGUUGUAUGUGUUUCCCGGCGGACAAGGCGACGCGGCUCUUUUUGGUAUAAAUGGUUUUAAUAUGCUAGUCGAUGGUGGAUUUGGUAGGAAAGCGUGUUUUUGGGAUUUUGUAAGGCAUCUGGAUCGAUUAGAUGCGGUACUGUUAACUAGACUGAAUAAUAGUAAUGUGAAUGGUAUUAGUUCCGUACUUAGGAGAAAGCGUCAUAAUACCGUCUACCCGCAUAUUGGACACUUCUUUUGUAAUAUUCAGGAAAGGAAAGCAAUCCUGAGUCCAGACGGUGAUAAGGACAAAGACCCUCUACUAAUUAAUUUAUUCGAAGAAGGACAGGGAAUAUUGAACAACUUACGCCAACUAAAUUUGCAACCACAACCUUGUUACCGCGAAGUGAUGCCAAUGAAUCUAUAUCAUAAAGUGGGACAUGGUACUUUGGACAUGUACAUCCUAAGUCCAUCUCGAGAUUCAAAGGAAGUAAAAGAAUUCCUGCAAAAAUGGAAUAACAAUGAUCACCGAUUAUUUUCUACUCAAAAGAAUGGAAAAGAAUUUGUCUUUCCAACAUAUAAUCUCGUUUCCAUAUGCGCUCUGCUUGUAUGGCAACCUGCUAAUAUCAGCGACAACAUAACAAGAAUAUUAUUCCCAGGCAGUAGUCCACAGCAUAAGAUAUUUGAAGGACUAGACAAGCUGAAACAACUUGAAUGUAUUAAGUACCCAUCAUGUUCCGCCAAGACACUCACCUCCACGAUAAUUAAAACGAAACUUACUAAAACCGAAAGAAUUGUACAAGACCAAAAAGAGUUCAAGCCUAAAUCGAUGCCAGACAGUAAGCCAAAAAUAGAAAAUAAAGUUGUUGACGAGGAACUUAAAAACGGACACACUAACGGCACGGCCCAUCCCAUAAUUGAGAAGGCAAUUAAAAAGUACGACUCCACCGAAAGCGACAAAAGUGGCCCCCAAAUUAUCGAAACCAAAAAGGACCUAGUAAACGGAAAGACUGUCGAAGAAAAGACGGAUAAGCUAAAGACUAAAUCGAAACCUGAAUCCAAAGUUAAGGCAGAAAUUAAACCAUACAAAAGCGCGAGGUCCGUGGAGCGAAAAACUAAACCGCCCAUACCUGCGGAAAAGAAAGCCUCGCCUACAACGCCCAAGAAAACGGUAGAAGCUAAAAUGAACGGAGACGCUACCAAAUUAAAACCGGCCCCGAAGACGUCGCCUAGCGCAACUCCCGCUAAAAGCGCAAAGGACGCGAACAACCGCAAGGUGGUCGAGUCAAAGAUUAAGUCCGCCCCCAAACGAGAGCCUCCUAAACCCACCGAUAAGAAAGAACCCAAACCGGAGCGUAAACCAAUAUCGCGCAGACCCAAGGGAACCUCCCCAGUCGGCAAAUUACCCGAAAGCCCAAUUAAGAAGAUAACCGAGCUGCACAAACUCGAAACUCGAAAACCAAAACUAGAAAAGGAAUGUACGACCGAUUCUAGUACCGUUAGUACGCCAUCGGCCGACGUUGAAUCCACCAUGAAGAAAGAUCUAUCCAAAUUAUCGCCCGAGGAAAUAGAGCAAUUGAAAGCGAAAGAAUUGGCCGAGCUAAAAGAAGAGCAGGAGGUAGUCAAAGAGAUCGAAGCAGUUUUUCGUAAAAGCGAAACCAAAGAACCUGGCGACACGGAUAUGCGAAAAGUUAAAAAUAUUUCCAUUGACGAAAAGACUGAGGGCGAAGGGGAGGAGUACCUAAUUAUCGAGAAGGAAGAAAUGGAUCACGAUUCGUUAGAUGACAAGGAUGCCAAGGAGAGUGAAACUCAGAAACACACGCGCGAUAGUGAGGAAUCUGAGAAGCAGCGGAAAUUGAGUGACGUAAGAGAAUCGGAGGAUGUAAAAGAGAAACCGGCGGAAGACGAGGGAACUGCAGUAGUUCCAGAACCAGAAGUAGUGCCGAUUACUCUCGCUAAAGAAGAGAAAGAACCUGCCAAGGCUAUAUCCAAAGAAGUAUCUGUAACCAGUCCGGAUGACAAAGUUGAAGAAUCUAGUGGGAAGAAGAUCACCGAUCGAGAAAUUGAAGAAGAAAUUAAAGACAUAAAUAUUCUAGAAUCUCAACCUGAUGAGAAGUUCUCAACGCCUAUCGAGUCCGGCGCGACCACCGCGCCUACUUUACCCGAAGAUGAAAGAAUACCUCUGGAUGAAAUCAAAGAGGAUAAUGGAGACAUGGGGAUAGAAGAAAAAUACGUGAAAGAAGACACAAAGGAAAAGGAAAUGCCAGUUGCACAAUUUCCACCGAAGGCCGUUGACAGCAUAGCUAAAAUUCCAUCGGUGGUUGGCAUUCGGCUUGAUAAGCAGACGCCGAUGCGGGAUAUAGUGAAAACACCAGACGAAGUUGCCGAUUUGCCAGUCCACGAGGAAGUGGAUAUCGAAAACUACGAACAGUAUCAAGCGCAUCAAGCACAAACGCCGAAAGGUGAACUCAAACUACCACCGACAAAGGUAAAAACGGACGAAAUAGUUAUUCCCGAUAACGAGCAAGUGAAAGUAGGGAUUUCCGAGAAAGUGGACGAAGAAAAGCGUGAUGGUCAGAAAACUCCGGUUGUUGAAGACAAGUUACCAGAAAAACCGGCCACUUCGGAAGAACCUCACAUUCCGGCACUAGUCGAGCAAAAACAACCCGAAGCAGAAACGGUGAAGCUAGCACUAAGUCAAAGCAAAAGGGACAGCGUAGAGAAAGCCGAUGUUGAAAAAAUUGUAACAUCAAAAGAAGGUGACGUAGAUGAACACAAAUUAGGCGAAGAGGAAUUAAAGAAAAUAGAAGCGGAAAUAAUUGAUACCGACAAGCCAGUCACAAAAGAUACUGAAAAAGGGAAAAAUCUUCCUGAAGAGAUGGUAAUCAAGAAAGAUACAGAAGUUGUUGAACCAAAGGAAGAUGAAUCGCCGUUUGAAUCACGCAGAGUAGAAGUAUCGAUGGAGCGCACAGAAGUAAAGGUGGAAAAGAUUAGCAGUGCAAAAUCUGACAAACCAUUUGCUAAGGAAGCUGUUGAGGAAGACGAAAAAGAGAAAGAUACAACGGAAGACUUAAAAACGGACGUUGAGCAAGUAGAAGAAAUACAAAUGGCGGAAAAGAUACAACUAGUAGAAGCACAAGAGCUAAUAAAUGAAGUCAAACACGAUAUUUUGGGAUCCGAAUUGCUUACCUCGAUGGAGAAAGACAUCAAAGAAUCUGUUACUGGUGCAUUCAAAUGUGCUGAAGAAACCGUGGCCGCUGUAUGUAAGGCGAUGGAAGAUGAAGUAGGACAGAUCUUCGGCGUAGACGAACCUGAACCUCAAGUAAAGCAAAAUGAAGAAUUACAUUCUCAAAAGGUAGGCGAAAGUGGGGAACGUAGAGACAUGCCAGUGAUGGCUGAAUCGGAAUCUGACAAUAAAAAGGAAGCGAUUUUACCAAUUGAAACUACCGGUGAAGUUAAAGUAAUUUCUGAAGUAGAAGAAAUUGCGCAUAAAAUUCUAGAGGGCGGACAUGAUAUUCUAAAAAAAUUGGAAUUGGCUGAAGAAAAGCUGAUUGGGGAAUUUUUGGGUUCAAAAUCAGACGUGGAAACCAAAGAUGACGAAAUGAAGCAGGAAACAGUUGAAAUAAAAUUAGAAAACGAAAGGGAUGAGCACAUUGAAGCAGAUGAAGAAGAAGGGGGAAUUGAUCGUGAGAUUGUCAUAAAAGCUGUUCGCGAAGAUUCUUUAAAACUCAGUGAAAUUGACAAAAAACUACAAGAAUUAAAAGAAUCUGCUGAUUGUGAUCCCAAACCUUUAUCAAAAGAACCGUCAUUAAUCGUAGCGGAAUUGGACAUGGUGGAUAAACUAGAGUUGGGUCGAAAAUCUCCAAAAGAACGAGAACAGGACGUUGCUAAAAUAGUGGCAAGCGUCGCGGAGGUUUUAAAAUCGGACGCUCCGCUAGAAGAAUUUGAGGGAAAAAUUCCGUUGGACGUGGGAACAUUCGGCACAUUUGCACCAUACGCCACAGAACUUAGAGAAACUCACAUAACCACCCUUGAAUCCCCAAUACGUGAUAUAGUUGUCGAAAGUUUGGUGAUGGACCCAAUUGAGGAAGAGAAAGUUGUUCCUUCAGAUCCAAUCGCAAUGUUUAUUCACGAAGAAAAAAAGAUCGCCGCGAUUCACACAGAUUAUGACAUUGUAAAGGAACCUUCUAGAGUUAGUUCGUUACUGAAAGAUUCUAAUGAUCUGAUGCAGGCUACAUCUAAAAUUAUAUCUGACAUAAAACUAGCGACUAAAGUGGAUGACUCAAUUGAAGUUGAAGACGAAGGGAUAGGCCAUAAGAGCCCAAUAUCGGGAAAAACUAGUCCCGAUAUCAAGACAGCUGUAGAAAGUAAGCAACCUGUAGAGGAAUUGCCGGUAGAAGCCAUGAAACUGGAAAAUCAAUACCAAAUUCCACCAACUGCUAGUGCUCAAGAUGUAGCGAAGGAGGCGAUAUCAGAGAAAAAGCAGGAACCAGAAGAAAUGCUAACGGAACUAAAAGAACAGAUAAUUGAAGAGAAAACAGUCAAAACUGAAGAUAGAGGAACAGAAGAAAAGGUUCAUGGUGAAGAUGCAAAGGGAUUGAUUGUUGAACCCAGUGGUACUGCGACUGAAGUGAUUCAAGAGGAUAUAAAGAGAAGUGCCGAAGAAAAAGAGCCUAAAGAACCUCAUGAAAACGAAAAACAAGCUUUGAAAGAAGAUCAUGUGGCGGACAAAUCAGUAGUAGCAGCUGACGAAAAGUCAUCUGCAAAAGAAGAUGAGAAUAAAAAAGCCACUGAGCUAGUAAAGCUAACAGAAUAUGACAAAAGAGAAGAGCAAGAAAAGCCGGACCUAAAAAAAGAAAUUGCGGGUGGCGACAAAGUUACAGUGAUUGAAAAACUUGAAGAGAGCGUUAGCGAAGGGAAGCAAGCAGCAGAGAAAAAGGAAGAACAUUUGGAGGUUGUCGAUAAAGUAGCGGCAGAAAUAAAAGGAAUAAAAGAGGAGGAUGUUGCUACAAAGGAAGAGCCAGUACCGGAAGAAAAACCAGUAACGGAAGAUAAACCUGUGAUAGAAGAAAAACUAGUAAAUGAAGUUAAACACGUAAUAGGCGAUAUAGAAAUGGCGGCAAAAGAUUUUACUGGUGUAAUCGGUAAAAGUGUUGCAAAGAUAGAAUCAGCUGAAACUGUGAUGCACACUGAGGACAAGGUUCAUACAGGAGAGAAAGCUAGUGUAGCGGAAAAAAUGGAAGAAGCAAUCAAUGCAACAAUAGGUGCAGAUCAAAUUAGUAUCGCAGAAAAAGAAACAAAAGGAGAAGAUACACUAGCAGAAGUAGCAAUAGAGGGAAUCGAAAUGCUAAAUAAAGAAGUAGCAAAUAGAGAGGGGCUAGUUGGGGAAAAAAUAGGAGAAUUUGAGUUAGAGCCAAGUGUGCACGAAAAACAUGUAUUGGAAGAAGAGAAGACCACUAAAGCGGAAGAUAUCCACAAAAGAGAUAUAGUCGAAGAGAAAGCAAUACAUGUAGAAACAUCCAGUGUUAAAUUAGAAGACGAGCAUAAAGAAGGCACACUUAAAGAGAAGACCACUAAAGCGGAAGAUCAGGAAGAUAUCCAAAAAAAAGAUAUAGUUGAAGAGAAAGUAGUACAUGUGGAAACACCAAGUGUUAAAUUAGAAGACGAGCAUAAAGGAGGUACGCUUGAAGAGAAGAUCACUAAACCGGAAGAUCAGGAAGAUAUCCAGAAAAGAGAUAUAGUCGAAGAGAAAGUAAUGCAUGUUGAAACACCAAGUGUUAAAUUAGCAGACGACCAUAAAGGAGUCAUGCUUGAAGAGAAGGCCGCUAAAGCGGAAGAUCAGAAAGAUAUCCAGAAAAGAGAUAUAAUCGAAGAGAAAGUAAUACAUGUAGAAACACCAAGUGUUAAAUUAGAAGACGACCAUAAAGGAGUCGUGCUUGAAGAGAAGACCACUAAAGCGAAAGAUCAGAAAGAAAUCCAGAAAAGAGAUAUAAUCGAAGAGAAAGUAAUGCAUGUAGAAACGCCAAGUGUUAAAUUAGAAGACGAGCGUAAAAGAGACGAGAAACCCACUAAAUCGGAGGAUCAGGGAGAUAUCCAGAGCAAGGUAUCUGAGGAUGUGGGCCAAGAGAAAGUAGUGCAUGUGGAAGCGACAAGUAUGGAUGAAAAACCUGCACUUGAAGAGAAACCCGCUAAAGAAGAGAAAGUAAAGCAUGUGGAAGCAUCAAGUGUGGAUGGAAACCUUGCACUAGAAGAAAAAGCCGCACUUGAUGAGGGAGGUGUCCAGAGAAAAGCAGUUGAAGAAGAAAUAGCAAAAGCAGAAAUGAUGGGAAUGGUAAAGGAGAAAGCGGAGAUAGAGAAACAAGACGAAAAAACAAAAGUGGAAGGGGACUUGACAGUGUUAGAGAAAGAAAUUUGUGAAAAAACAUUUACCGCUGAUAUACAGAAACCAACGAAAAGUGAAACCGAAGUGGUCGAAAGAAAAACAUCUUUCUCUUCGAGUGCCGACAUGCCAAUUUCAGAAAGGUUAUUAGAAGAUCCACUAACAACAAAAGUGACGCACGCAGAUAUUCUUUCCGAACGCCUAGAAUCACAGCCACCAGAACACGAAGACGUAAUCUCAAGCAACGCUGAAUUAGAAAAGGUCAAAAUGUCAACAGACUCUGAUGAAAUUGUCUCCAUGGAAAAAGUACCGCACGACGAAGUUAUUUCCCAACACAAAGAGUCGGAAGAUGCAGCACAACUGCCGGAAUGCGCUGGUACCAUAAAAUCUGUAACCGAAGAAUUGGAUAAAGUUAAAGCGUCAGUUGCAGAUAGCAAACCUUUAGCCGUAGAAGAAAAGCUUACGCCAAAAGUUGAUGCUGUGGUUAGCUUAGAAACAAGUAGUAAAGAUUUAGAGCCGGUGGUUGAUGCGUUCAUAAGCACUGAGUCGAAAAAGAUUACUCCUCCAUUUUCACCAGAUUUAAAGUCUACCGAAACCGCACUACCUCAUUCCGAUAUUAUAUCUUCCCCCCAAUUUAAAGAAGAAAAAGCCGAAAUUCUUCCUAAAUCGCCGAGAACGUCUAUAUCGGACGCCAAACAAGAAUCGGGUAAAUCAUCACCAAUUCCGGUUGUUGAACACGCGCAAAUUGAUGACUCAGACAAAUUAGAGAUGAGCAAAGACACCGAAGUCAUCGUAAAGGAUCAACCAAUCAUUUCUAGGACUAUAUCGCCCGAUAUCAAAUUGGACCGGCGAGAUUCUACUACUAAAGAAAAAAUUAGUCUAGAGCACGCCCAUCCAAGCGAAGGAAAACCGGAUAAGAUGUCUUCAGAUAUAACCAAAAAGGAAGAAACGUCUCACGAGACACUUGAAAAGAAAGAUACAGGCGAUGAAAGAGUAUCUCAAAAACUAGACCAUGAAGAUCUUCCUAAAGUUGACACUAGUGGCAUUGGGUUCGUGGUUGAUGAAAAAGAAUGCAAACAUGAUACAGUUGUUCCCUCAGAUGGAUCAUCGCCAGGUCUAGCAACCGAUGUGUCGACUGAGGAAAAGCUGGAAGUUGUAAAGCCUCUUCAGGCUGAAAUGACGGAUAAAGAUAAGGUGGAAGAUAAAUCCUUAGCCCACACUUCCCAAGAAGAGACCGAAAUUAUGUCAGAAAAAGGUGUUAAAGUGGAAAGUGUGCUACCAAUUUCCUCCGAAGUGUCACUGACAAGUCAAGUUGCGGAAGCGAAACAUGAAACGGAAGAAGUUGAAGAUAAGGGGCUAACUGAACAAAGCACUAAUGAAAAAUCUCAAAUAAUUGGAGAAAAAACUAGUGAUGUUUCUACAGAGAUCGUUUUGAAAGAGAGCCCAGAGGAAUGUGCCAAGUUAGUUAAAUCCUCUGAAAACUUGCUCCAGGAUUUAAAAUCGGAAAUCCCCGCCAAAUUAGAUGAACGACUCGCGGAAGACUCAAGUGAUCGGCCAACUUUAGAAAUGGAAGAUUUUAUAAUAAAAGGAAAAUCUCAAACCUCUUCGGGAAAAGUGUCUCCAGAAAUUACAGUGAAGGAAGUCUUGGAUGGAGAUAAAGACAAAUGUCCAUCAGGAUCUGGUAAAUCAUCUCCUGCCAUAAUGUUGGAAGGUAAAGAAGCGCUCGUUCCCGUAAUCGAUCAACGAUCCGACGCCACUUAUGAGACGAGCACUUCAGGAAGAUCGUCGCCAGAAGUAGUAGAAUUAACAAAAGACUUAUUAGGUACAAAACAGUCACCUAUAAUUUCUCGCAAAUCCACGCCUGAAAUUAUCGUAGAUAAUGAAUUUGUAGUUUUGGAUAGGCUAUCUCCCGAUGUAGAUAUUAUUGAGACUGAAAAAAUGGAUGCGGAAAGUGGAGACAAAACGAUACAUAUCACCGAAUCUGUAAGUGAAGUACCAAAGAGUAGUGUUGACAGUAAAGAUGCUACACAAGUACCUGGUGUUCCAGAAAAGGUACCGACUGAAGAUAAGGAAGUAAUUGUUUCUAUAUCGCAAAGCUCAGACUCCGCAGAACCGUCCUUAAGUAUCGUUAGUGAAGCAAGCACCUCUGCCGAAACGAAAGUUGAGAUCUUAGAUGCAACUAAAGGCAAAGAUGUUGAAUUAUCUUCAGGUAGAACGACACCACCCACUGCUCCGGUUAGUCCUAUUUUGAAGGAGAAGUUGACCUAUUCCCACGACAAGCCUGUGGAGAAGAAGGAAACGGAAGUGCCAGUUGCAAAAGGUGUAGAUAUCAGGAGUGCGACUCCUGCAAGUGAUGACUGUGAUAUAAGCUCCGGGCAAGUCUCGCGAGUACUUACGACUGAAGAAGAUGAUUAUAAACAAGUGUAUAGUGACGACGAGGAAAUUCCAGGAUCGCCUUUAAGUGCAACGUCGCAAAUUGCGCACUCGAUUUCAUCUCAGUACGACUUCGAAGACAGUGUGAGGGGAGCUGUUGCAAUGGAUCCAAUGAGUACAUCCUUCUACGGCGCACUUCCGGACGAUCCCGUAGCAGAAUCUGCUAGUGUAAUACCGCACGGUAGCCCUAGUCAUAUUUACGAAAUAACCACAGCUAAGUUUGCCAACAUACAUUUACAAGAAGAACUUCAAAAAGAGACAAAACCGGAUCCAAAGGCAGACAUAAUGACAGCCAGCUUUAUUGGUUCAGAACUCCCUUCGGAUUCAAAGGAAGAUCCAAUUGCUUCUUGGGGAAAACCGCUAGGAUUGCCCAGUCCGGCUCCCUUAAAUGAUAAUAAGGGUACUCCAAAGAAAGAGAAAAAAGUUCUAACGAACGUGAUGUUUAAAAAUCGAAUCAAUGAAGACAAAAAGAGCAAGAAGGUGAAUCCGGUUUAUGUAGACUUAACUUACGUCCCCCAUAAUGGAAAUUCGAAUUAUUCUUACGUAGAUUUCUUCAAGCGAGUGCGAGCCCGAUAUUAUGUAUUUUCGGGGAUUGAGCCUAGUAAAGAAGUUUAUAGUGCGUUAUUAGAAGCUAAACAAACCUGGGAUGACAAAGAUUUAGAGGUUACUAUCAUUCCAACGUACGACACGGACGUUUUAGGUUACUGGGUAGCAGAAAAUGAAGAUUUAUUAGCCAAAUAUAAGAUUGAUCUCUCACCUUCCGCCAGUCGAUGUACUAUUAAUCUUCAAGAUCACGAGACCUCCUGCUCGGCUUAUCGAUUGGAAUUCUCUUAAGAUAGUUAAGUCCAAAGGAACUAAUUUUUUUAAUAUUUUUUUUGCAAUAAUAAGGUAUACAUUUCUCCACAUAAAAGGCAUACCACCAACGUUAACGACUCACAACGAAGAGAAUAUACUGAAAAUAGAGAGAACAUAAAGAUGCCAAUGAUUAUUCCAAAUCUUCCUUGGUAUUUCCAAAGUGUUAUCGUUCUCCACUUCCCUUUUAAUCAUUUUUAAUUAAUUCACUAUUAGAUUAGCGUCCUUAACAAAUUGAAAAUAAAUAGAUAUUGAGACCUUGAAUGGUAAAAAAUUAGACUGUUUGGAAAAAAUUAUUUGGAGAUUAUUAUUGAUUCUUUUUCGAAGUGAUCGAUAAGAAUCAAUAAGGAUCGUCACCCUUGUGAUGCGUUACUAUAUAAGAAACUAAGUUAGUGUAGGUAUUUCAAUUAAAUUAACAGCUAAAAACAUCAACAGCUGUAAGUAGUCGAAAGAAAUAGUUAUAUAGAUACAUUUCAUUAACAAACAUUGACAAUCUAGAAAUGUAAGGGGUGGGAACCUAAAAUGUCUGAGAUUUUUAUAGUUAAUGAAGUCGAGCUAUGUAAUUAUUUCUUAUGCUUUUCAUGUAAUAAAAAAGUAUAUCUGAUGUGAUACCCAUUAGAUCUGUCAACAUCAAUUAUUUAUUUGACACCGCUACUUUGACAAUUUUAAGUUACUUCUGAAAGCAAAAAAUGCCAAAGAUUUUCGCUGUAGGUUUCUAAUUUGCGCAUUUAGCAAUUGGGAGCAUUCCUUUCAAAUUUUCCUUUACGUUUUUCACCUAUUUAUAGUGAUUGGAUGCCAAAGCUUUUUAGAACGCAACUUUAUUUAAUACGUAAAUAUACAAGUAGGGUAAAUAUUAAUGUUUACUGAUACUGAAACUCACGUCCAUUUUCGUAUCCUUUGGGUUAAAGGCCUAUUUAUUAUAAGAUAAAGCAAUUUUCAGUAGGACAAACUUUUUAAAAAA